AUGUCAAAAAACGAGAAGAAAUUCGACGGAAUGUUGCUGGUCAUGGCCCAGCAACACGAAGGUGGUGUACAAGAGGUAAUUGUUUCUUUGCCGGUUUAGGUUAGAUUUUACUUGGAACACAACAAAAUUAUUUUCAAAAUUGCGUAUUUAUUCACAACAUCACGUAUCAAUGAAAUAUCGUUUAUUUCGCAGCUGCUUGACACAAUCUUCAGUUUUCUUGCGAGAAAAACAGAUUUUUACACGGGAGGUGGGGAAGGAGCUGCAAAAAAAGUAAUUGUCAUUUUUAUAUGAUUCUAAGCUUUUAUGUCAGUAAUCGAUAUUAUUACUUCUUGUGGAUUUUACAUUUCGUAUUGCCAUCUUUAUAUUUAUAGCUUGUCAUUAGUAAAUUCAAAAAGCAUGAAGCUACAGCUAUUGCGAAAGUAGCCAGUGAAAAGGCAGAACGCGCAGAACAAGAAAAACGGCGUAAAGAAAGGUUGGAAAAGAAAAAGAGAGAAGAGAAAGCUAAGGAAGAAAAACUUAAUUCAGAGUCUAAGAUUGUUGAACUGACUGAUGAACAGGCUGUUAAGUUACAGGAGGAAAUAAACAAUAAACAAUCGGCUAAAGAAUUACCUGCUGUUCCUGGUCCAAGUGGCGAUAAUGUAGAGAACGAUAAAAAGGAAGAAAACUCAGAAGAAGAGGAAGAAGAUGAAAGAGAGAAAAACAAACUCAGGCCUAAUAGUGGAAACGGAGCAGAUUUACCCAAUUACAGAUGGACUCAGACACUUCAGGACUUGGAGAAUAUGGCUAAACGACAGAGUCGACGUACAAUAGUGCGUGACAAUGAAUUUGAAAGUGAUGAUAGUGAUUGUUUGGAGGACAUAGAACAACAAUUUCAAAGAAUGUGUGCAUCUGAAAUCGAAAGUGGUGAAGAUUCAGAGGACAUGUUUACAUUCAGACAAAGCAGACGUAUGAAUUGUGAUACAUUUGAAAGUAGUAAUGAAACGGACCAGAACAGCGAUUGGCAGAAUGUUACUGAAAACGACACCUAUUCCAGUUCCAUCGAAUUUUCUAUGGGAGACAAGGUGCAAGGGCCGCAAGUUCCG